AUGGUGAAUCUCGUCGAGCGGGCAACCACAGACACGACGACGACGACGACACCACCACCGCCACCGACGACGACGGCUACAGAUGUGAGCAGCUUGCAGCAAACCAGCCUCUUUCCCUCGACUGUGCCAACGGUGGCCGGGUCGACCACCGCCGAGAAUCGGUUCCCAUUGUUCCUCGACCAGGCAGGCACCGGUGCCGCACCCGACUCGGACAACGACGAACGAAUAUCCACCGAUGAGGGUGACGACGACGACGAUCUGCACCAUCAGGAACACCGCGGCAAAGCAGUAGAUAGGUUACAGAACCGAAGAAUUGGACACCGGUCGGCACGGUCACCAUUGGCUCUUAACGGGACAGCGAAAAAACGUUGCCUUCGCCCACCGACCCACAGUCCGUACAGUGUGGAGCUUGGCCCGCUGGACGGUGACUUACGGCGCGCGUGUGACGACAACGGUACCGACCACGAGCACGCAAUGACAUCGACCGUUGCAGCUGUCACAGCAGCCGCCAAUAAAGCUGUCGCUGCACUGAUGCAGUACCGACAGCAGCAACAGCAGCAACAGCAAUCACAGCAAGCGUCAUCAGCAAACCAGAUGGUCCAGGGGAUGGGACCGUUUCCGGGCACACCCGGGUUCCCGCCGGGCGCAGCACAAACCGUCAGCACAGACAGCCUGUCGGUGCAGGUGGUGAAAGGCGCUACGGGAGCCGGCGGUGCUGGUAGUGCCGGUGGUGGCGGCGGCGGCGGUGGCGGUGGAGGUGGAGGCGGUGUGACGUUGGAUCAUCAGCAUUCGCUCAGCACACUCAAGCAGCACCAGGAGCAACACAAUGCAGCAGUUGCGGCCGCCGCAGCAGCCGCUGCUCAAAUGAAUGCCGUUGCCACGACACAAACGUUGCGAAAUUCUGUCAGUCAAUUCAGCCCCUCGUCAGUAUUGGGUGCCCCGCCGGCAACGUCGAUAGCCGUAUCGCUGGCACCGCUAUCACUGCCAUCCACCAUGGUCAGCGGGGCCGGUGCGGGUAAUGGGGUGGCAGUGGCCGCUAGUAUGGCUGCCGCCAUGAACGCCAACGGUGGAUCACCGGGCGCCUCCACAAACGUGAAUGCCACCAGCAAUGGAGGUGCCGGGUCGGGCACGCUGAGCGGAGCGGGCAGUGUAGCGGGAGCACCCGGUGUCAACGGUAGCCCGGCAGGAAGUGCUGCCAACGGUACCGUGGCCCUUUCCAACGGGAUUGAUCAACAGACUGUCAGCAUGUCCGAUUUACUGCAGCAAUCCGAGCAGGAAUCGCCCAGCAACGUAUCAAGUGCCAACACCGCAGAUGCCGCCACGUCGGUUCUGAGCAAUGUCAGCAACAAUAACAGCAGCGUGAACAACCAAACAAAUGCGGCCGUUUCGGCGGCCAUCGCUGCGGCAGUCAAUUCAAUAAGCAGCAACACCAGCCCCAACAACGCCAUCAACACGAGCAAUAGCAACAGCACCGUUAACGGUAGCAGUAGCAACAGCAACGUGAGCAGUAUGGUCGUGACGGCGGCUGGACCGAUCGGUGCCGGCACUACGACCGUCGUUUCGGCCAUUCCACCCACCAUGACCUCGUCCGCGUCGGCGGUAGCGCUCGUACAGCAGCAUCACCAGCAGACGAUACAAGCUCAACUGCAGCAACAGCAGCAGCAACAACUCAAUGGCCAACAAACGAACCAGCAUCCGCAGCAGCAGCAGCAGCAGCAGGUGGUGGUCAGCAGUCAGCAACAGCAGUCCCAAAGUGUAGCAGCAGCCGUAGCAGCGCUGACUGAUUCGAAAUCACAACCAAAGCGACUACACGUGUCUAACAUACCUUUUCGCUUUCGCGAUCCGGACCUUCGAACCAUGUUCGGGCAAUUCGGUUCCAUACUAGACGUAGAGAUUAUCUUUAAUGAGCGUGGCAGCAAGGGAUUCGGUUUUGUAACAUUCGCUAAUAGUAGCGAUGCGGAGCGAGCACGCGAACGUCUUCACGGCACUGUGGUUGAGGGACGCAAGAUUGAGGUCAAUAAUGCAACCGCACGAGUUCAAAGUAAAAAAGCUCCUGCUGUAUCAAGCGUGUUUCUGACGAAACAAGGCGCCGUCUCGGCCCCGUCACUGGCAGCUGUCUGUGUCCCGUGGCCCGAAGCUGGCAUACCAGGGCAUCCGGCACUGUUGCACCAUCCAGCACUUGCCCAACAUCUUCCGCAUCAUGCCGUGUCCCUAUCGCACCACCAGCAGCGACAUCCGGCCGGUCUGCCCAUACACCUGCACCCGCCGGGACCACCGCACCCGAUGGCAUCAGUUAUUGCCGGGCUAGCCCGCAAUGGCACCGUACCGCCAUCGCCCCGACAUCCUUCGCUCGCAAACAUACCCGGGCUGCCGAACGGCAACGCGAACGGUUCCACAGGUAGCGCAGCAAGCGCGAACGGUACACCCACCGCUAAUGCUCCCGGGACGGGUACCGCCGGAAACAUCGGUCCGGCCGCAUUGCUUUCCGGUCAUCCGGCAUCCUUUGGGCCAAUGAAUGGGCACGCGGGCACGUUAGCCGGCUACCCGUCUGUUUACUUCGAUCCCUAUCUGGCAGCGGCAGCAGCAACGGCGGAUCCCAACUAUCGUCUGCAGGCUGCUAAACCGGUGACGGAGGUUCAAGCACAACCUACCAUUUUGAACGCUGCAGCACCACUGUUGAAGACGCCACUGUCGCAGGCACAAGCCCAAGCACAGGCAUACUCCGCGGCAAGUUAUACGGCCGCAGCAGCGCGUGCAUAUGGGGCAGCAGCUGCUGCAGCACAACCUACCGUUGCCGGAUACACGACAGUCGCUGGAUACGGACGUGCGGAGUAUACCGAUCCAUACCUAGGACACGGUAUCGGACCCGUGCCCGGCUAUGCGGCAACCAUUUAUCGGGGAGGAUACAACCGUUUCACCCCGUACUAA